CCAGUUAAUAGACAAAAAAAAAGUGAAAGUAAACUUCCAACUCACUGCGAUCGGAAACCUGCCGUGCCGUACUGAAUGUCCUUCUGGGUUUCCUUCUUUUGGUGAUACUCCCGGGCAAAGGCGUAAACUUGGCGCAAAUUAGGUGUCAUGCUGGUACUUUCGGUUUGCGUAGAUUCACAGAAUGGAUAAGUUUUGCGUAAACGCCUAUGUGUGCGAUUCAGCUGUCGCAGAGGAAUGUGUAUACCUUUCAGGUCGCCGAUAAACUAACAACCAAAUGGUGCCUGAGGAGUCAGAUCUCGCAGCACUAUCUCAACGUCAGCAGAUUUGGUUUUGCUUUGCUGCUGAUAGCGGAGGUGGAUGUAUCGCCGACCAAAACAUUGAAACUGUCAGAACUGGUAGCUUGUGCUGUCUGGCUUCAUGCCGAAUGUGUGAAGUUGGUGAAAUUGCAAACGAUAUUUCGCGUCUGUCAAACAAUCAGAUUGACAAACUUGCCGCAAAGAUUGCUCAGCGAGUGUUUAUACAAAAAUACUAAAUUUUAAGAGUAAUACGUAUUCCACAAUUGAUCCGGUCUCAAAUAUCUGAAGAUCAUGUCGCUCGUUUGCAGCAUAUCGAACGAGGUCCCGGAACACCCCGUUAUUUCACCAAAAUCCGGAUCAAUCUUCGAAAAGCGGUUGAUUGAAAAGUAUAUUGUGGAAAAUGAAUGCGAUCCAAUUAACGGCGAGCCCUUGAAGGCAGAAGAAUUGAUUGAUAUUAAGACUCCCCCAAUCGUUCGGCCGAAACCCCCGAGCGCAACUAGUAUUCCCGCCACACUUAAAAUGAUGCAGGACGAAUGGGACGCCUUGAUGAUACAUGCAUUUACACAGAGGCAGCAGCUGCAAACCGCCCGGCAGGAACUUUCCCAUGCAUUGUAUCAACACGAUGCUGCCUGUCGUGUGAUUGCUCGGCUCAACAAGGAAGUGGCAGCUGCCCGUGAAGCUUUGGCGACUCUCAAGCCCCAGACGGGGAUGGCAUCCAUCCAAGCUGUCCCUCAACCGUCGAUUGCUGCGGAGGCGGGUGGAGUCGCAACGCAGCCGAUUGAGCAGGCGGGCAUGAGCGCAGAAGUCAUUCAGAAGCUACAGGACAAAGCAACAGUGCUGACGCAAGAACGCAAAAAGAAGGGUCGGACGGUGCCAGAAGAGCUGGUGAGCGCUGAGAAAAUUCGAGGAUUUCUUACGUUGGCAUCCCAUCCGGGAUUGCAUUCGGCUAGUGUUCCAGGAAUAUUGGCUCUGGACAUAAAUCAUUCUGAUCAAAGCAAGAUUUUAACUGGCGGAAACGAUAAAAACGCAACCGUGUUUAACAAGGACACCGAACAAAUUGUUGCGAUUCUGAAGGGACACACCAAGAAAGUCACAAAAGUUAUCUUCCACCCGGAAGAUGACACAGUUAUUACAGGAUCUCCGGAUGCUUGCAUUCGAAUCUGGAAUGUGCCAACAUCUCAGACACAGCUGCUGCUUCGGUGUCAUGAUGGACCAGUUACUGGCCUAUCAUUGCAUCCGACUGGCGAUUAUGUACUUUCCACGUCUUCCGAUAAACACUGGGCCUUCUCGGAUAUUCGCACGGGACGCCUCCUAACGAAAGUUCCAGAUACAGCGGACAUUGGUCUGACCACCGCCCAGUUCCAUCCCGAUGGUUUGAUUUUCGGCACCGGCACCGAAGAUUCCCAGGUCAAAAUUUGGGACCUGAAGGAGCAAAGCAAUGUUGCUAAUUUCCCCGGACACACGGGCCCAAUCACGGCUAUUUCGUUCUCUGAGAACGGUUACUAUCUGGCCACCGCGGCGGAUGACGCCUGCAUAAAGCUGUGGGAUUUGCGUAAGUUAAAGAAUUUCAAGACAAUUACAUUGGACGAGGGUUAUGAGGUGAAAGAUCUGUGCUUCGACCAGAGUGGAACGUAUUUGGCCAUCGCCGGGACUGACAUUAGAGUUUAUCUCUGCAAGCAGUGGCAAGAGCUGAAGGUUUUCAAUGACCACACUGCGCUCGCUACUGGGGUUCGAUUUGGCAAACACGCGCAGUAUGUUGCAUCCACCAGUAUGGAUCGUACGCUCAAGUUAUACGGAAUCGAGUGAAUCGGAGACUGGAAGACGAGUACGAUGUAGUAUGUGAGUGAUCAUCGUGUAAGCAUUGAAGUUUUUACCAUUUUACCAAACGCAAUCAAUCUAGCGUUUUCAAUAAUUCAACAUUGAUAUAACUUAUCUUUUCGUUGUAACCAGCGACAGUAGCGUUAUCUGAACAUACUCGAUAAACAUGUGA